AUGACAGCAUAUUCUUACACCAUAGACUUGAAUGCCUCGGAGGUUCAUCAUUUUGUUACUCAAGAAGAUGAUCUAAAUGCUGUAGCAUUCAGAUUUAAAGAUAAAGAAAGACCCCGAGGUUAUACAUCUAAACUUGCAGGGAUGCUUCAUUACUAUCCCAUUGAAGAAGUUCUUGCUGCUGAAUAUUUACUUGAAGAAUUUAGGCCAGAUUUAAUAGAAAUGGUAUUGGACAAACUGAAACCUGAAAAUGUCCGGGUUGCAAUUGUCUCUAAGACAUUUGAAGGAAAAACUGAUAAAAAAGAACGGUGGUAUGGAACCCAGUACAAGCAAGAAAAGAUUUCUGAUGAAGUCAUUAAGAAAUGGCAAAAUGCUGACCUUAAUGGGAAAUUCAAACUUCCAAUGAAAAAUGAAUUUAUUCCUACUAACUUUGAAAUUGUAUCUUUGGAGAAGGAAGCACCACAGUACCCAACUCUAAUUAAGGAUACUGCUAUGUGCAAACUGUGGUUCAAGCAGGAUGACAAAUUUUUCCUUCCUAAAGCGUGUCUCAACUUCGAAUUUUUCAGCCCAUUUGCUUACGUGGAUCCCUUACAUUGUAACAUGGCCUAUUUGUACCUUGAACUACUCAAAGACUCCCUCAACGAGUAUGCAUAUGCAGCAGAACUAGCUGACUUGAACUAUGGCCUCCAAAAUACCAUCUAUGGGAUGUAUCUUUCUGUAAAAGGUUAUAAUGACAAGCAACAUAUUCUACUGAAGAAGAUCAUUGAGAAAAUGGCUACCUUCGAGGUCGAUGAAAAGCGGUUUGAAAUUAUCAAGGAGGCGUAUAUGCGAUCGCUUAACAACUUUCGAGCUGAACAGCCACAUGAGCACGCAAUGUAUUACCUUCGGCUCUUAAUGACAGAAGUUGCAUGGACCAAAAAUGAAUUAAAAGAAGCUUUAGAUGAUGUCACUCUUCCUCGCCUCAAGGCCUUUAUUUCACAACUGUUGUCACGGUUACAUAUUGAAGCACUUCUCCAUGGCAAUAUAACAAAACAGGCUGCAUUAGGAGUUAUGCAAAUGGUUGAAGACACUCUGAUUGAGCAUGCUCAUACAAAACCUCUGCUUCCCAGCCAGCUAGUAAGAUAUAGGGAAGUACAGCUGCCUGAUAGAGGAUGGUUCGUCUAUCAACAGAGGAAUGAAGUUCAUAAUAAUUGUGGAAUAGAAAUAUAUUAUCAAACGGAUAUGCAAAGCACUUCGGAGAAUAUGUUUUUGGAGCUCUUCUGUCAAAUUGUCUCAGAGCCUUGCUUUAAUACUCUGCGCACUAAGGAACAAUUAGGUUACAUUGUGUUCAGUGGUCCCCGGAGGGCUAAUGGUGUCCAAGGUCUGCGGUUCAUCAUCCAAUCAGAAAAGCCGCCACACUACUUAGAAAGCAGGGUGGAAGCCUUUUUAAAAACCAUGGAGAAAUCCAUAGAAGAUAUGUCUGAAGAAGCUUUCCAGAAACACAUCCAGGCUUUAGCCAUUCGCCGCCUUGACAAACCAAAGAAACUAUCUGCCGAGUGUGCAAAGUAUUGGGAUGAAAUCAUUUCCCAGCAAUAUAACUUUGAUAGAGAUAACAUUGAAGUGGCAUAUCUCAAAACCCUUACUAAGGAUAAUAUAGUGCAGUUUUAUAAGGAAUUGUUGGCAGUAGAUGCCCAAAGAAGGCACAAAAUAUCGGUCCAUGUACUAGCAAGGGAAAUGAAUUCCUGUCCUGUUGUAGGAGAAUUUCCAAGCCAAAAUGACAUAAGUCUAACACCAGCACCACCACUGCCACAGCCGAUUGUGAUUGAAAACAUGACUGAGUUCAAACGCAGCCUACCACUUUUCCCUCUGGUGAAACCUCAUAUCAAUUUCAUGGCCGCAAAACUGUGAAGAACCUUGCUGGAUGAAGAACUGGAAGAGGAUUAAUGCGCCUUCAGUGGCUUUUCAUAAUGGACAAAGACCUUGUCCUUGAGGACGAGUGUCCCAGGAUUCCUGAUUCCUUCUAGGUUCAUCCAGCAUCAAUGCUGCAAUAGGGAUACAGCAAGUUUAAGCAAGUAUGCUCUAGUCGUGUGUUAUAUGUUUGUCAUAGAGCCACUACCAGAAACUAAAAUUAAGUGGUAUAUAUGAAGAUCUGUGUAGGUAAAUGGUAUAUUUUACAAUAAUGUGGCCCUUUAAAAGUUUAGUUUGCAUGGAUUGUGAAGAAGUUUCCAUACCAGUCUGAUCUUCCACUUGCAAAUCAUUACUUUUUUAAACAAAGAUCAACUGUUUUGGAAGCAUAUUUUACUGUACAAGAAAGAAAAUAUUAUUAAAAGGCCAUAUUGAUGUUUUUAAGGGAAGCAUGGAGUGAUACCAUUUAAAAAAUAAAAGAUUCUUGGAAGCAGCCAUUUAGAUUCUAUGUAAAAAUCAGUGGAAAAGGGGAGAAAAAAAUUAACAAAUAUCUUGGAAGCGUUAUUAGAAAAGUCAAAAUAGUUUUAAUCUUUAUAUCUGUUUGAGAAGAUUUUAUAUACAGACUAGUAAAAUGCUGGAAACACUUGGGUAGCCAUGUUUUUUUUGCCAAGAGCGUUACUUUAUCUUUAUAAAUUUUACGUUUUCUUAAGGUUGCACUGAUAAUGUUUCUUUGACUUCUAAAUAAAAUUACUAUGGCUAUUUUUUUUUCCCCUUCCAUUUGUCAUGUACUGUUUUAGGACAAGUCGAACGAGAUUUGGGUGUACUGUAUCUUCUUAAAAGGCCAUCAAUAAUUCUUGGUAGUUAUGUAAAUUGUAAUGUAGGCAAACACUCCUCCUUUAUCAGAAACUCACAAUUUUAAUAUUUGCCUAGAUUCCCUGCAUACUGUAUGAAGGUCAAGUGUGGUCACCUAGCACGAUCAGCCUCUCUCUCUCUCUCCUUCUCUCCUUCUCUCCCUCUCUCUCUCUCUCUCUCCCUCCCUCCCUCCCAUGCCACACAGAGUUCUUUCUAGGAAUAGAAAGUGGGAAUUAAUACACAAUUACAGAGUUCGUGCACAUUCGUCUGCUCAAGAGAUCUCAGUAUUUUAAAUGCAGCCUAAAAUCUUAGCCUGCAUCACUUUUAUGUAGCACUUCAGUCAUCUUUGACUUGCAACCUGUCGCUUAAUUGACCGUUCAAAAGUUAAGCUGUCCCGAGAAAGAGAAGUUACCACCCAAGUUUGAAGUCCUGGCAGUCAGGCCCCCAUCACAAGUCAUGUGACUGAACUGCAGAUGUCGGACAACAUGCUGCGUUUACAGCAUCCCGUGGUCACGCGGCUGCGUUUUACAAUACUCUGUUGUAAAACUGGCCAUAAGAAACCCUGGUUUCCUUAAUGACCACAGCCUUCUCUUAACUACUGCCAUAGAAAGAGUAACAUUAGGCCUGUGGCCUGCUUUACGACUGUCACAGCAAGUGACCGUAAUAGGCAGCGUCCAUUGUGGUCCUUUGUCAGAGACUACUUGUAAUAGCACUGUAUAAUUUGUUAUUUAUGAUUCAAAGUAGCAACCAUUUGCCGAUUGAUUUUGAGGAAAGAAGGGGAGGCGAUUCUGCAAAACAAAACGGAAACAAGUAUAAAUGGAAUGAAUAUUUUAAUUGUCAAACUAAAAAAAAUAUUAAUGAAGCAGUAGUUUUUGAGUAGUUUUGCCAGCAAAAGCAGAUGGAGAAAGAUCAGGUGCUAAUUUGGGGCUGGAGAGUGAAAUGGCAUUUGUAUUUCCAAGGGCAGUAUGUUAUUGCAGUUCAUGCUAAGUUUCCAAGUUCAUUCCCCUGAUUUCAGUAUUAGGUCAUUAGACACGAGGCUCUUAACACUCAAAUAUUAAAGGCUUUAAAAGAUGAGACUAGAAUGUGUGUAUCAUUAGAGUUACGCCACUUAUAUGCUUUCGUUAUGAUUAAUUCCACUGAUGCCUUAUUUAUUGUAAAAUGUACGUGACAUCUUCCGGAAGAAACAAUAGAGCAGUUUACACUAAUGUAGAAAAAUAACUAAAGAGAGUACAUAGACUUAACUGAAGUGCUAUAUAAUUAUUAUAUUUCACCUUGAUGGGUUAAUCUGAAAAUGACAGCAUAUUCUUACACCAUAGACUUGAAUGCCUCGGAGGUUCAUCAUUUUGUUACUCAAGAAGAUGUACAUUUCAACUAGUAGACAAGAUAGGAGCAUUUUAACUGUAAGCUUCAAAGAUUCUUCUUUGAAGGUACAAGAAGGUACAAGAUCAGAGCAUUGUUACUUAACAUCAAAACAAACUAUAAGCUGAUCUGAUGGCAUCUGUCAGGUGCUCCCUUCCCCCUGUAACAAAUGGCAGUUUGUUGAAGCUACAUAGAGGGUUUAUCAGUGCUCUGAAGUCUAUUGGCAAGAGGUCAUUUGGAAUGUGAAUGCGAACACAAUUCUGUUUGCUGCUUAUUAGAACAAGGGUAUCCACACAGCUAUAGUUUCAAGUUUAUUAGAAUUUGUAUGCUGCCCACUCCCAGGGGACUCUGGGCGGCUCACAACAGACAAGAA